GAUAACAGUUGUAUGACUUUUUCAUAUAUAUAUAAGAAAACCUUUGCACUAUAAACACAUUUAUUUAUUGUCCACUAGUUGCGACGAAAUGAACACCAAACAGUUCGUAUUUUUAUUAAUAGUUUACCAGUGCUGUUUUUUGGCAAUAGUCAAACCUCUGGAGGUACCUAAACAUAUGAAGUCGGGCGCAAAGAAAUUGACAAAUACAUGCAUGAAGGAGACAGGGGCCACAGAAGAAAUGUUUACAGAAGCUAAAAGAACGGAGCAAUUGCCUGGUGACAAUCGAUUGAAGUGCUUCAUGCACUGCAUGCUGGAUAAAAUCGGCUUGAUCGAUAAUGAAAAUAUUAUUCAUUUGGACAACCUUCUGGAUAUAAUGCCCCCUGAGUUCUUUCCGAUGAUAGAACAGCUACAUACAACAUGUGGAACCAAAAGUAAGUGGUGCCGAUGGCUGUGAAACUGCGUUUCUAACCGUGGACUGUUAUAUUAAAACAAAUCCAGUGAUAUUAACACUGUUGUAACCGUUUCCGAUUAAUAUAGCAAGUAGUAUGAAAAUAUGUAUAAAGUUGCUUUCCGCCCACGUGAUGCUUUCAAAUUUAGCAGAAAAUUUAAUAAAUAAAUAAAUUUCAUCCAAAUAUUUCGUAUUGAAUAAAAGGUAGCUACAUUUUUGGCUACGCCUACGAAAACCUGCCUGGCGUGCUUUGUUGAUAUCGUUGAGUGUGUUGGGGGUCUACUGACUGUUAGUUCUGAGGUCUGCGCAGGUUUUAUGGUGACUCCAUCUAUUGCAUUAUCUGGCAUACGCAGCAGGUAUAGGUUUCUGGUCCGCGGUUUGACUCGAUUUCAGCCCUGAGCAUAAUGAUGCGGAGCAGAUUUUGCCCCAUUGACGAACAACAUUUAAGGGCCAGUUUUUUAGGACCAAUUUCCACUUGAGACAUUUGGUUGGCUAAUCUCGCCAGCUCGAGCGUUUAAACUAAGUUUAAACCACAGCCGCACACUGAAAAACUGGCCCUAAGAGAUUUCGCCGAUGUAAACAGGGUGAGAUCCCAUCGACAUUCAGCUUUGCUUAUUUAAGGCUGCAUAGAUCAGCUGGGCCCUUCACAAGGCUCUUAAUAAGCGAUUUUCAUUUCCGCUUAAUUUUGCAACUAUGCUACCCAUGAACGCUUCUUUCCUCUUUUCUAGCCUUGUAGGAAAACCAGUUGUUGGAUUAUCUAUUCCAAAUUUUGGUGAGACGGUAUGGGCGACGGAAAGCCCACACGGACAUAUCAUUUGAGUGAUCAGAAAGUAUUAAAAAAUGCUAGCAGAGAUGAUCUCAAGCGAACGAAUCGCAAUUCCAGAACGGCUGAUAUAAGCAGGAUUAUUAAAUAUAAAUCCAAACAUUAA